AUGCACAAUCUCAUCACUCCAGAACCAUUUUCCAAGGAGAUUAUGGAGAAAGCACGACAAAUAAGAUCAUCACUUCCUUUACCAGCAUGCCUGGAUUCACCAUUUUUUCUCGCUCGUUUUCUUAGAGCUCAUGGAGGAGACGAGGAUCUAGCGAGACAAAGAGUCGAGGAAUAUCUUAGCCACAGACAAACCCUUGGCUAUGCAGAUUUGAACGAUACGGAAAUCUACAAUGAGUUCCCAAUAGGAAAGGCGACCUAUAAGAGAUUCUGUAUUUCACGCGUGGAUCGCUUAGCACGUUCUGGAGAUGUGCACGUAUUUGUACACAAAAUGGGUGGUACUGAUUUGAAGGAGAUUAUGAAAGUUAUUCCUUUGUCGUACGUGUUGCAUUCGUAUUUUAUGCUUCAUGAGAUCUUCGGCAGAGCGGUGGCAGAAACGGAGAAGAGGACUGGUCGACCCUCUUCUGUGGUAACAAUUCUGGAUUUGAAAGGCCUAAAUCUCUCUGAUUUCCUAAAUCCACUUUCGGCACCAGUACAACUCGCUCGACUCGUUGUUAAAGUAUGGUCGGAGUACUUCAGUGACAAUAUGUGUAAACUACUGAUAAUCAACCCUCCUGGAAUAGUAUCGCUUAUGUUUAAGAUCUCAAAAUUUAUCAUGGACUCACGAACGGCAAAUAAGUUGGCGUUCCUUAACGAUGUUUCCGAACUGCAAAAUUAUCUUGAACCACAUGCGAUUCCAGUGGAAUACGGAGGCACAUGGCGUGAUGAUUCCGGUUAUUCGCAACCACCCGAAGGUUGCACUCACCCUCUUCAGCCAGUGCUAAGCGUGGAUCACAGAGGACCUGAUGAUAUAUGGGUGGAUUUCGGCAUCCUUAAACCUCCUACGAGCAAAACUUACACUAUUAAAGGUCAUCAGAACUGUGAGAUUGUUAAGAAAUGCACCCAAACUGGUCGACUAAUCUGGAAUUUUACAAUCAGCGGAGACGUGGAAUUUGAAAUUGUUCGAAGAGAGGCGGGAAAAGAAGUGCAGUCAUGGCCAAAAAUUACAUUAACGAGCCUAAAGCUACCCGAAUAUGGAAACAUUCCUGCAAUUCCUGGCGAAUACGUAAUUAGGAUACGAAAUCCGUCCACAACGUGGUUUCCCGUCAAAGUCAAUGGAGCAGCGGAUUUUAAAGCGGAGUGA